AUGGGCUUCCUGGAAGACCUCGGGCUGCCUCCAGAGCUGGUCGCUCUGGCCCUGAAUGUCCUGAACGGUUCGAUGUUCCUGGGAGGGAUUCUCGUGAAGCUCCCCCAGAUAAUCAACAUCGGGCGCACACUGACUGUCAAGGGGUUCAGCGAGGUCUCUCUGGCCACGGAGUUCCUGGCGUGCCUCAGCUAUUGCGCCUACAACUUGAAAAUGGGAUUCCCUUUCAAGACGUGGGGAGAGAUGGCGCUCAUUGCCGUGCAGGUUGGGAUUCAGAUGGUCCUGUAUUGGUCCCUAACGACAGAGAGAUCCGGCGGAUUUCGGUGGCACCUCGGGCGGUUGGCAUUCUGUUGA